AUGGGAGUGAGGAAUCAGACGCGAGUGGUGGAAUUCGUCUUCCUGGGCUUCUCUGGCAUUCCACAUGGCCACACCUACCUCUUCCUGGUAUUCUUAGCCAUUUACACGGUCACCGUGCUGGGGAACCUCAUGAUAUUUACUCUGAUUCAACUGGAUUCCCAACUCCACAGCCCCAUGUAUUACUUCCUCAGCCACCUCUCCUGCUUAGACAUUUUCCUCUCCUCCGUCACUGUCCCAAAAAUCCUGGUGAACUUCCUAUGCCAACAGCAGACCAUUUCCUACAAUCAGUGCAUGGCACAGAUGUUCUUCCUAAUCUCUUUCACAGGGACAGAGGCUGUGCUACUGGCUGUCAUGGCCUAUGACCGCUAUGCUGCCAUCUGCAAACCUUUGCAUUACUCCCUUCUCAUGAAUACCAAGGUGUGCACCAUUCUCGCCUUUUCCACUUGGGUCUGGGGCUUCUUAGAUUCUGCUCUCCAUACAGCUCUUGGCUCAAACUUGUAUUUCUGCGGAACCAACCAGAUUCGUACCAUUUUCUGCAAUCUUCCUCCACUGAUGAAAAUUUCCUGCAGUGACACACAGACAAAUGAAGUGGCACUAGGCAUAGCAAGCCUUUUUGUGGGUGCAAUUCCUUUCCUAUUCACUAUUCUCUCAUACGCCUUCAUCUUGUCCUCCAUCUUGAAGAUUCAUUCCACCACUGGCAAGCGCAAAGCCUUUUCCACCUGCGCUUCUCAUGUCAUUGUGGUCAUAAUUUACUUUGGAAAUGGAUUACUGAACUACAAUAGACCAAGCACGGGGUACUCCUUGGAGAUAGACACUCUCAUCUCUACCAUGUUCUGCAUAAUUCCCCCGAUGCUGAACCCCCUCAUCUAUAGCCUCCGCAACAAGGAGGUAAAGGGGGCCCUGAAGAAGGUUCUGGAAGCCAGAGGAAGUCUACACGUCACCACACUAUAA